UCUUCCUGGCCUCAUUAAAAUUCCGGCCCAUGGGCUCAAAGCCUGAAUCAGUGACCGCAUAGCCCGUCCGGGCUCAGUCCGAAACUUACAUACCCGAGAUUCUGUUCUUAGUCCCUUGUCUCCGGUUCAAACAGUUUCCGUCUCUUUCUGCUGCUUCGCUCUCUCUGAACUUUCAUUGACGCUAGCAACCACCUUCGGCACGCUUCGUGUAACAGCACAAUCAGGAUAAAAUGACAAAUGAGAAUACAACAAACAUUGAGAUAGAUUAUGAAUAUGAAGAUUGCAAUAAUUCCAAGCGCCCAAAAAUGACUUCUAAAGUAUGGGAAGAAAUGCAGCGAAUUCAAACAAAUGAAGGCAGCAAAGUUCUGUGCAGGCACUGUGGAAAACUGUUGCAAGAUAACUGUGGAACUUCUCAUUUAAAGCGUCAUUUGAUGAUAUGCCCUAGGCGUCCUAAACCACUGGAUAUUAUUACUCAAGAUUCAAUGUCUUCAGUGUGUCUUAGAGGUUCCGGUAGUGCCAGAGAUUCUGGAUUAAACACAGUGCUUAUGGUUCGCCCAUUGAAGGUUGAACCUGAAUCACAAGUCCCGAGUUAUUGUCAGACUUCAAUUAUUCGAGCUCCAACUGCUAUUGCAUCCAUUGAAAAUUCGCCCAGUCCCAUACAAGAACUACAUCCAAAAACUAGUUCCUCUAUUGUGCUGUCUAGCAUUGAGUCUCCCAAGAAUCAAGGGGAACUGACUCUCGAUGAUGUAGAAAUGAAAGCAUUUUAUGCUUCUCUCGAUGCCGAGACCCCAGUUAUGUCACCUUCCCAAGAUACCACAGUCAUUACUGAAUCAUCCAACACCACACCUUGUGAAGAGACUAAGAAAGCUUUGAAAACACUGCAAGACCUUCUCUCCAAAGACUUCUCUGAUCUAUUGCAUACUGGACAAUCUAGUACCAUCAAAUCUGCCAUAGAAUACCUUUCCAAGUUGUCUGCAGACGAUGGAAUCUCAGCAGAAAUGAGGUUGUUGAUAUUAGAAGUUUCUAGAGAAUUCACUCGCUGGAGUUGCGACUACAACGAUGCUAGUAGGAAAAUAGACUCUGCCAGCACCAACAUCUCGAAAGCGGAUAAACUAGAAGAAAAUCUUGAAGCUAACAAGAACGAGUUCAAGGAAGUUUUGUCCUUAGAGAAUGAGUUAAGCAACCAGUUAUCAUGUUUGGAGAAAAGAAAGAAAGAGCUUGAAGAGCAAAUAAAUGCAAUUAAAGCUAACAUUUCUGUUUUUCAAACGGCUAGGAUAACAAGUACUAAGAGGAAAAGGGAAGUUUUCGAAGAAGCAAAGAUUCUCAAAGCACAAAGAGAUGAUUUGAGGGAACAAGUGCCUCACUUGAGAAAUGAGUUGGAAGUUGCCAAGAAAAACCAAGCACAUAUUCGAAGUGAAUGGUCAAAGCUUGGAGAAAAAUUUACGAAAAGCUUGAAUGGGAUGAAUUGUGAGAACUUGGAUGAUAAAUCCGUCCAGGAUUGUCAGGAAAAUUGCAUUUAACAAACUUGAAUUUCGAUUUUAACUAAUAUCAUUACCUUCAUACCAACUCCAUGACGAGCUAAAAAUAAGCUCUGAUAUUUGUUAUACCUCUGGUGAAAAAUGAAGCAUUUUUUUUACCAA